UCCAUUAAUUCACCACCCUCUUUCUCUCUCUCUCUAACAACAUCUCACUCACUGCUAGAGAGCUGAGUAUUGAAGAAGGGACCAUUAUCUACUUCAUUGGAGGAGGAAAAAGAAGAAGAUGGAUCUCUACGAUCUCUCGUCGGCGCCGGACUGUUUUCCCAUCGACGACUUUCUUGAUUUCUCCGGUGGUAUCGAUCAACUAUUCUCUUCCUCCACCGCCACCAAUUCUGAUCUUCAAUUUCCUCAUUUCCCUACUUUUAAUAUUAAUAAUGAUAAUAAUAAUAAUGUUCUCACCACCGACCAACUCAGUUCUGAUUUCAUAUGCCUUCCGAACAAUGAAGUAGUUGAACUGGAAUGGCUUUCGAAUCUAGUCGACGAUUCACUAAUGAACUUUCCGGCGGACGAUCUCACCGUCGCUGGAAAUGUUAAUCUCGGACCUGAUCAGAUGUCGUACCACAGUCGUUCUAGGAGCAAGAGAUCAAGACCAACUUCAACGAGUAAUGUUUGGACAAUCUUAAACGAGCCGCCGGUUUCCGACGACAAAGCAAAGCCAAAUAUCGCCGGAAGAAAAAGAGACAGUUCAGGAAUCCGGGAUCGGCAGGAUGUGAUUGGGAGGCGUUGUACGCACUGUUCGUCGGAGAAGACGCCGCAAUGGAGGAGUGGGCCACUUGGACCAAAGACUCUUUGUAACGCGUGUGGUGUCCGGUAUAAAUCUGGUCGGCUUGUGCCGGAAUAUAGACCGGCGGCUAGUCCUACGUUUGUUUUGACUCAGCAUUCAAAUUCUCAUAGGAAGGUAAUGGAACUCAGGCGGCAGAAGGAGAUUGUUAGGCAAGAUCACCAUUAUCAUCAUCACCAGAAGAACUUUGAAGUAUGCUGAUUGUCUUUUUGAUCUGGUUAUGAUAAUUAAGGAUCUGUUGGUUCGUACUUAGUUUUAGUGUUGUUUGUGAAUUGUGGUAGAUUGGUUUGGCUUAAAAAAU